AAGUUAGAUUGAGUUGCGAAUGGUGCAUGGAGAUUGAAAAUUUAUCAUAAUGUCUCGCACAAUAAUUGUACUACUAAUUGCAUUGACGAUAUUUUCUGCACAAACGUUUGCAAAUCAGCUUCGUUGUAAUCGCAAAAAUGAGGAAUAUCAAUGCGGAUCGGCAUGUCAAACAACCUGUAGCAAUUUGGGCAAACCUUGUCCUAUAAGAAACAUCAGAUGUAACGAUGCUUGUUUCUGCAAAGAAGGCUAUGCACGAAUCAGUGACGAUAACAGUCCAUGUAUUCCUAUAAGCAAAUGCCCUAAGAAAAGAAAUUAAAUGUAUUCAAUAUCUUACGAUAACGAAAAAUUAAUUGAGCUACCAAUUAGAACGGUUAUCCGAGUUUUAUUUUUUAAUGUUUUUGCGACAACAUAUUAUCUCAAUUUUUCUUACAAAUGAAAUUAUACGGUUUAUUAUACGAAACAUUUGUUAAUAUAUUAUAUGUCAUAUAUUAUGUGUGUGGUGUGUGUUUUUAAAU